AUGGAACUUCACGCUCAUCGUCAAAUGCUUCAAACCUUGAAUCAACCGAAAGCAGAAAAGCUCGAGCUGAAAAGUCCAACAUCCGAUGAAAUCAGUGAUUUGAUGCAGAUUCUGCGUCAGAGUAUUUCAGACAAAGAAAUACACUUAAGACCGAGACGCCAUUUAGAAAAUUCAACAGUGAAUCCAAAAUCCAUUCACACCUUCCGUAAUGAAGAUGUUAAGAAACUGGGAAUAGUUCUGAGAAGCUUAGUAUGUACCAUGCAAUGUCCACAAAGUGUCAAAAAGAGACGAGGAAGGCCUGGGGAGAGAGGCCCUCCAGGAAAACGUGGACCACCCGGGCCAAAGGAACUUAACAGCCUCACACCUUUUUCUACCGAAGAAAUCGAUGAAUGUGUCAGUAAUCCCUGUUUGAACGGAGGGAUUUGUGUUGAUCAGGUAAAUGGAUAUGUUUGUCACUGUCGGCUUGGAUACAAAGGAAACAACUGCCGAACUGAUAUCAACGAAUGUUCCAGUAAUCCCUGUUUGAACGGUGGUUCGUGUUUUGAUCUUGUGAAUAGAUAUGUCUGUGCCUGUCACCCUGGAUACGCAGGAGUAAAUUGCCAAAAGAAUAUAAACAGAUGUUCCAGCAAUCCUUGUUUAAACGGAGGGACGUGUGUUAACCAAGUCAAUGGAUACACUUGUAACUGUCAUCCUGGAUACAAAGGAAACAACUGCCAAACUGAUAUAAACAGAUGUUCCAGCAAUCCUUGUUUAAACGGAGGGACGUGUGUUAACCAAGUCAAUGGAUACGCUUGUAACUGUCGUCCGGGAUACAAAGGAAACAACUGCCAAACUGAUAUAAACGAAUGUUCAAGUAAGCCUUGUUUGAACGGAGGGACGUGUUUUGACCGAGUUAAUGGAUAUGUUUGCAACUGUCGGUCUGGAUACAAAGGAAACAACUGCCAAAAUGCAAAGUUUAGUGGAGCUAGACAAAAACAGACAAGACAUGAAGAAGAAAAUCAAAUAUUCUUCGGCAACUUUAUUCUAGAUAAGUUUCAUCGCCUUCAGGUAACGGUUGGUUCAUCAAGUGUCGUGAGCAACUACAGGGAGUGUGCUUUCAGUUGUUUAGAAAAUCCACCAUGUUCCUCGUUAAACGUCGCCUCUUCUCCACAUUCAGACGGAAAAUUUCAAUGUGAGUUGUUAAACGAGGAUAAAUACUCUGCAAGGCCAGGUCAGCUGGUCAGUUCGCAGGAAUAUCAUCAUUACAGCAUCAAGUGGUAUUUCUUCGUUCUGUUUUCUGGUAUCAAAGCAGAUCAAAGCGAUUUUAAACUAGAUGGAAGAGCUGGCCUAAAGCGAGGAGUUGAUUUUCGGGAAAAAAGGGUAUCUUACGGCAAUUUUGCAGUUAAAAGAUUCCAUCGUCUUCAAGUAUCAGUAGGUAUAUCGAGUGUUGUGAGCAAUUACAGAGAGUGUGCUCUGAGCUGUGUUAAUGCUCCACCAUGCUCCUCGUUUGACGUCGCUUCUUCUCCGCGUUCGAACGGAAAAUUUCUAUGUGAGUUGUUAAACGAAGAUAAAUACUCUGCAAGGCCUGGCCAGCUAAUCAGAUCACAGGAAUACCAUCAUUAUAGCAUCAAGACGCCAUGUUCAAGCUUUCCGUGUCAAAACGAAGCUGUUUGUGUUCCAAAAUACGAUGAAAAUCUAUAUCAUUGUGAUUGUAAACCGGGUUAUGAAGGGAAAAGCUGCGAAACAGAAAUCAACGAAUGUUCCAGUAAUCCUUGUUUGAAUGAAGGGACGUGUGUUGAUCAGGUGAAUGGAUAUCUUUGUAACUGUCGGCCUGGAUACGAAGGUGCUAAUUGCCAAACUGACAUCAACGAAUGUUCCAGCAAUCCCUGCUUAAACGGAGGAACGUGUGUUGAUCAGGUGAAUGGUUAUCUUUGCAACUGUCAACCAGGCUAUGGAGGAGUUAAGUGCCAAACGAACAUCAACGAAUGUUCCAGAAAUCCCUGUUUAAAGGGAGGGACGUGUGUUGAUCAGGUGAAUGGAUAUCUUUGCAACUGUCAACCUGGUUAUGGAGGAGCUAAGUGUCAAACGAAUAUCAACGAAUGUUCCAGCAAUCCCUGUUUGAAUGGAGGUACAUGUGUUGAUCAGGUGAAUGGAUAUCUUUGUAACUGUCAGCCUGGCUAUGGAGGAACUAAGUGCCAAACGAACAUCAAUGAAUGCUCCAGCAAUCCCUGUUUAAACGGAGGGACAUGUGUUGAUCAGGUGGAUGGAUAUGUCUGUAGCUGUAGGCCUGGGUAUGCAGGAACGAACUGUCAAACAAGUCAAUCUGGAGGUUCAUGGACUGAGUAUACACCUUACAUUUGUGGCAAUAGCAAUCGGAACAAGAUCACAGAGGGAGUAACAGAACAGGAAUGCAAACAACAAUGUUCUUCUUGUGCUGCCAUUGAAUAUUGGUCUGGAGGAAACUUAGCUUGUUUCGAAUGUUUUGAUAAAACACAGCGGUAUCAUUACACCAACACUCAUGAUGGUUCAUAUCCACCUCAUGUGUUCGUUAAAAAUUGAAUAAUGAUGAACGAAAAAUUGAAUAAUGAUAAAAGGCCUUGCGCAACUACAUUCUAGUAGCAAGACAUUUUUGCGAAAAUAUCAUCACGUUUUGGUAGUACUUGCUCUGGAAAUCGACACUCGAUCAUUGACUCUCGUAACUUCGAUGACCACGGAUCGCGAUCGAGUGCAGUUUUCAGACUUUCCAGUUUCGAUCAGUCGAGCCGAAAUUUAGGUGUCUUUCUAAGCGACUAGACUUUGAUGCAACCAGACACGUAUGUCAACUUUUAGUUGUGUAGUGGGGUAGAUUUGAAGGGGUGUCCUGAAAACACUGACCCCCAGUCCAUGGACCCCUCUACGGACCUGGUCC